AUGGCCAGUUCCCUCCACCGUCGUCUUCUCCAGCACCACCUCCACCAUCGGAUUCGCAGUUUGGCAUCGACGUUGCCGCCCGUGAAGAGCGGCAGCGGCGAGGGAUGGAGAAUUACCGUGCACAUCGUCAGCAGCGGCGGGGAGGCACUCGAGCUGCAGGCCUGCCAGCGGCGUGAGGCGGCGCACGCAGCGGAUGUAGCGGCGCUCGACGCCCCUGGCCCCGCAACUGCCGAGAGCGCGGCGGCAGCAGCGUGGCAGGAGGAGGCGAUGGCGGACACCAUUGCGGCGUUCGACGCCUCCACGGAAGGGGAGGCACGGCGGCGGCGGACGGAGGAGAUGAGCCGGUGGUGGAUGAUGAGCGUCGGCGCCACCGCGAGGAGCGGGACGCGAGCACCGGCAGCGGGAGUCGCUCGAGCGCUAGCAGCAACUGGCGGCGGAGGAGCGUCAGCAGCGGGAGGCGGCGCUGGCGGCAACGGAGGCGGCCUGGAGGAGGCGGUUGGACGAGUUGGCGGUGGAGGCCGAUGCGUUGGCGGCGGCGAUGAUGGAGGCCCCAACGGAUGA